AUGGCGCCACAACGGCUCAAUGUUCUUGUCUACACCGGCACCGGCACGACCAGCGAGUCGGUCCGCCACGCCAUGUACUCGCUGCGGCGGCAGCUCUCGCCCAACUACGCCGUCAUCCCCGUCGGCGAGGCCGUGCUGCUCAAGGAGCCGUGGCCGCCGACGUGCGCGCUGCUCGUCGUCCCCGGCGGCGGCGACCUGGGCUACUGCCGCGUGCUCAACGGCGAGGGCAACCGGCGCAUCGCCGACUUUGUCCGCCGCGGCGGCGCAUACCUCGGCCUCUGCGCCGGCGGCUACUACGGCUCGCGCCGCUGCGAAUUUGAGGUCGGCAACACGCCCCUGGAGGUGAUUGGCAGCCGCGAGCUGGGCUUCUUCCCGGGCACCUGCCGCGGCGGCGCGUUCGAGGGCUUCGAGUACGCGAGCGAGAGGGGCGCGCGCGCCGCCCGGCUGAGCCUGGCGAGCGACGUCGUCGAGGGCAGGCUGCCGGUGGAGAUGGCCUGCUACUACAACGGAGGCGGCGUGUUUGUAGACGCGGAGAAGUGGGAGGGCAAAAAGGUACAGGUGCUGGCGUCCUACUGCGAUGAGCUGGAUGUCGAGGGUGGCAAAGCCGCCAUUGUCCAGUGCAGCAUUGGCGACGGCAAGGUUAUUCUUUGCGGUACCCAUCCAGAAUUUGCUGCCGAGAACUUGCACCGCCAGCCCGACGUCCCCCACUACGACGAGCUCAUUGCCAACCUCGCGCGCGACGAGCGCACGCGGUCCGGCUUCCUGGGCCUGUGCCUCGAGCGUCUUGGCCUCGAGGUCAACAGCCAGGGCACCGCCCCGCUGGUGCUCACCAGCCUUCACCUGUCCGCCGCGGACGGCGGCACGGUCAGCGAGCUCCUCCAUGACUGGCAGGACGCCGCCAUUGACAGGGAACACGGGCAAGACCUCCUCCGGGGCGAGGCCGACACGUUUCGGAUCCGUAGCAAGGAGAGCGGCGCCUGGAACCUCAAAGAUUUGAGGGAGGCGCUCCCGGACGCCGGUGCCGGUGCCGCCCCGGAGCUCGACGCACACGGCGUGCCCGACUACAAGUCCGUGACCAAGGACAUUGUGGCCCACGAGCAGCAGCUACCGAAUGAGAAGCUCACGCCGCGCUUCAACCACAAGCUCUUUUAUUCGAGCCUGCAGCAAUUUCAGUCCAUCGAGAGUGAUGCGAGAGAAUGGGGCAACACUCUUCUUUACGGUGACGUCGUCACGAGUACCAAUGUUCUUCUUGAAAAAAAUCCUAAGCUUAUCGCAAAGCUGCCCUCUGGCUUUACGUUUACCGCCUCCACACAGCUUGCCGGCCGCGGUCGCGGAACCAACGUCUGGGUUGCGCCGCCCGGCUCUCUUCUCUUCUCCGUCAUCAUUAAUCACCCCGCCAACCUGGCCGCGUCGCGGCCCGUCGUCUUUGUCCAGUACAUUGCCGCAAUCGCCGUUGUCGAAGCCAUUCGGUCGUACGGCCGGGGCUACGAGAACCUCCAAGUCAAGCUCAAGUGGCCCAAUGACAUCUAUGCGCUGGAUCCAAGCAAGCCUGCGUCGGAAAAGUCGUACAUCAAGAUUGGCGGCAUCCUCUCCCAGUGCGGCUACUACGACGGCAACUACCAGAUCAUCCUGGGCAUCGGCAUCAACGCCGUGAACCCGCGCCCGACGACGUCCAUAUCGGACAUGCUCGGCGAGGGCGCCGCGCCGCUGCACCUCGAGACGCUUCUCGCGCGCAUCCUCACCCGCAUCGAGGCCGUGUACGCCCAGUUCCGCCGCGAGGGCUUCUCUGCCAACCUCGAGUCGCGGUACUACCGCCACUGGCUGCACACGGACCAGGAGAUUACGCUCGAGGCCGAGGCCGGCACGAGAGCCCGCGUCUUGGGCAUCACCCGCGACUGGGGCAUGCUCCGCGUGGAGGAGACGGACAGAGAGGGCCGCGGCACGGGUCGCAUAUGGUCCCUGCAAAGUGACGAAAACAGCUUUGACUACUGGAAAGGUCUUGUGCGAAGGAGAGACUAA